CAAAACCCCAGAGUCCCGAAAACGAGAGAGAAAAAAAAGACAUAGCGAUUCCGAAGAAGGUAGAGAGAAUCACCCAAACCUUGUUCAUCUUCACCUUCCACAUUGAACCUUAGAAUCGAUUGUUCACAAAAAUGCCUUCUGAAGAUUCGAAACCCGUGAAAAAACAAGACGACAACGACAAGAUUUCUAGUUUGAAAAAACCCAAAAACUCCAACACUAAACCUCUUUCUAAGGGUUCAAAACUCAAGAAAUUACUCAAAGAAGAAACAGAACCCAUUUCUCGUGCCACUUCAGCUUCUCGCUCCAAAGUUAAGAAGGAACUCAAGGACGAUGAUGAUGAUUCCGACGAAGACGACGAUGACAAACCUAUCGCCAAAAAGAUCUCCAAAACCAAGGUUGUGAAGGAAGAAGUGAAGAAAAAGAAGAAGGUAAAGAAAGAGGAAGAGGUUGUUGUUACAGAAACAAAGGUUAAGAAAGUAAAGAAGGUUUAUGAUUUACCUGGACAAAAACGUGAUCCACCUGAAGAGAGAGAUCCUUCUAGGGUUUUCUACGAGACUUUACAUGAACAAAUUCCCACUAGCGAAAUGGCACAAAUCUGGUUGAUGGAAUCAGGCUUACUUCCUAAAGAGGUGGCAAAGAAAGUAUUUGAGAAGAAGCAAAAGAAAGCUCUGCAGCAGGUCACUUCUCCUGUUAAGUCUGUAACUGCUGUGAAGAAAAGCACCAAAUCUGUUACAGUUAAGAAAGAAAGCCCAGCUACCCCAAAUUCUUCCAUUAAAAAGAAGCCAACAAACUCCACAUCAAAGCAGACAAACUCCACAUUGAAGCCAACCAAGAAGCGCAAAUCUGAAAGUUCAAGCUCUGAGGAUUAUGACUCUGAUUUUGACGUUGGUUCAGCAACAAAAAAGAAGAGAAAAGUGGCUUAACUAUGAUAUAUUAUUUUGUAUGUUUUUUCUCCUGGCAUUUGUUGUUGCUGACACAAAACUUGUAAGGGGCGCAUGAGGACAUGAUGUAAACUUUGAAGAAGAUUGCAUGUUCAGAGUUUAGUUUUCAGUUGUGUGCUUGUGUAGCCUGCUGUAGACCUUAAUUUGUCAAUUAUGCAAACAAUCCACCCUAAUUUUUUUUUGGA